AUGGUUAUUUGCCCAAAGCAUCGCGUUUUACUUGGAGUAAAGUAUUGUCCUUCAAGAAAAUGCCAGCAUCCGCUUCAUGGUCGCCGUAAGGGUAAAGUAUCCAGAGGGGUGAACUUGAAAAUGUCGAAAGAGAUAAAGGAAACGUGGGACGUUUUGGUUCCCGUAGGCUCAGGUAUGCAUGAUCACUGAAGGUAAAUACGGUACUUAUACAUGCUUUGAUUUCUUGAUGAUUUCGCCUCAUGUAAGGGAAUCAAGACAGGAUACCAAUCACUGUAUUCCAGUAUUUGUCAGUGGAACUUGGGUUCUUUUUCAAUCAUUAGUGGGAUUCCGGAUUCCACUAGCAAAAUUUUCUAGGAUUCCGGAAUCCGGAUUCCCUUACAUGGGGCAAAUGAUUGACUAAAACACAAGUUUAGUCAAUUGUUUUAUUAAUAUAUACACAAGUGGGAAAGGAUUUUUUUUUUUUUUUGUGGCGGGGGUGGAGGGAAGGAUGGAAGAUCUUGUAAGAAAUUAAUUAUGAGUUAUAGGGUAUGAUAUUUAUUUCGCAAAAGAAUAACAAACAAACAAACAAAUAAGCGAUUGUGUGGUGAAUUUUGAUCUACAAGAGUUUUAAUCUAUUUUGAAAUUUACCAGGUCAAUUUCCUCUUCCGUUGUUUUCCUUUUUGUAUCUUAGCUAGUUACGUUCUAACGGUAGCCCAUAGUUAUAGGUUCCUGCUUCUAAUCGGUCAUUUUUCCCCAGGAGGGGCGGGGGAUAGGGCAAUUCUCUCAAAAGCUACAGUGACUAUACAGAUUUUUUUUUUUUUUUUGCGAAACCUCAAGGCCAGGCCUUUUAAUAUAGAGCCCGGUGUCAAUUAAGAAUAGGGACCUUAAGAUACGAGGACGGGACAAGCUACGACGGCUACCGGAAGUAAAUUUGCACAACGAGGCAUGCGCACACGAAGUCCAAACUCGUGUUCUUGCCGUCCUGGUCUCGCCGAGGACGCCAUUCAGCCUGUUUUGCCGUCGUCUGGAAAACGUGAGUAUUCGCGGCUUGUUUUCACCUACAAUAAGGCGAUAUCGAUUCCCUUUUCAGAUAUUCUGACCCUGGUGUUUCUUAAGAUCAUAUUCUUCACGAUUUCUGUCGGAAAUAUUUCGAAAUGAGAAAAAAAGGCCAUAAUUUAUGUUCAUCAUUGUUUGUUUGUUUUGCAGUCGCGACCAUGAAUGUUCCUGAGUGCCCAGUGAAGAAAAGUAAAUCAGUGUAAGUGAAGUUAAAUUAAAUAGAUCCAGUUACAGUGGAGUAACAAUCGAGUAGAAAAAGGUUCAGUGAAGGUUUCUUUGACUUGUACCUCCUGACAGUCCGGCGGUGUUUACCUUUUGCUCAUUUGAAAAGCAAUUUCAUUUUUUAACUAAAGAUUUAUACGCCUGAAUUGGAUUCUAAUAUUUUUAGGAAGCCAGUGGUGUGGAGUUCUUUUCACGAUGAAAUGUGCCGGGAAAUCAUGGUUGUUGAUCCCUUCACUGGAACAAAAAAGAGCCCUGUAGCGAGAGGAAAGAAAAGGGAAGAGGUCGCUGAAAACUUGAACCAAAUUGAAGCUGUUUAUUUCACAGUUGACAAAAGGGCAGUUCGAGAUCGCUACAACCUUCUCGCGUGGCUAAAGAACUGAGGAGCAAACUGAAAAAAGAGAAAAAAAAAAACAGGUGGAAUUGAAACCGGCAUGAGCAGCAUUGAAGUGGCACUAGAGGAGUUUAGUGUGUUGUUUCUGUAUUCUUGUAUUUUGAUGUCAUUAUUGCAAGUAAAAAUAAAAAAAAUUCAUCUGGAGAUUUUGGCUUCUUCAAGAAGCUCUCAUCGCAUAGUAGAAUAAAUUCAUCGUCGUCUAUCACAACGUCUAAGUAGCUUUUUAGAAGAAAGGUCCUAGCGUCUUUAAAGGUCGAUGUGAAAGAAAUAUCGCCGUUGCCGUCCCAAGAGAAAAUUGUUUGCUCUUAAGUAUUUUUUUUUGGGCGGGCACGACGGGGCUCGACCUAGUCUUCCUCAUCCACCCCCGUCGCCGUCCUGGCUCCCCGUCCUCGUAUCUUAAGGUCCCUAAUGAGUGUUCUAGAACGGGGCGUGAAAAUGAGCGCCUCACUGAAAAAUUAUCAGAUUUUUGUUUAAAAUCGGCACUGGAACUGCCGCUAAUUAUACAUUUAGUGGUGGCCUACGCUGGCCUACCACAUCGCACGGACUUCUAGUAUUAUCUACAGCACUAAUCACUAAUACUUCCAACAGGGUCAAAUUUACAACCCCAAUUUCAGAAGAAGAGGUUUCUGUUUCCACAGAUAUAUGUUUUUUUUAAAGACGGGGCCCUCUGGGGCCCUCUUUUGACUAGGAAUGGCGGCACAAACCUAUUUAGAAUCUAGCUUGGCAAAGUCCCUCCCUCUAGGAAAUAUUAGAAUGCCUUAAUGGAUGCAGGCAAGCCGUUUAUUGCUUGGGAAAAGUUCCAAACAGUUUGUUCUAUCCAGCCUGUUACCACAAACUAACAAACCAUAAUGCUACCAGAACUCAUUUUAGGUUUAUUCUUGUACGCAGGGGUUUGUAGACAAUGCCGUGGUGACCAUCUAAGAACUGUAGGUUCUACUGACGCGGAUUCCGAAGUACAAGAUCCCGGACUGGCUUCCACGUCUCACCCAGAGCCUCAGAUUCACGAACCUUCAUGUUCUGCGGAGUCCGCAGAGGAAAUAGUAGAGCCACCACAGUUACUACCGCCUGCUACAGAAGAAUCGGAACAAUUGUCUGCUGCCCCUGUCCUUCACGUAAGAUUCCAAGAAGAUCUCAUUAGUGAGGUAAGUUCUUCUUCGGCAAUGUGUGAAUGAGUUUACUGAUUUCAAAGGGGCGGGACGUUUGCGUCACUUGCUUUGUAAUUGUUGUCAUAAACCACUGAUCUUUAGAACAAAUCAGGAAAGGAGGGAGAGGGGUCGUUGUUGCUUGAUGUAUUGGGCAUAAUGUUGGUUCUCACACUAAUUUGCAUAGACUUUGAAUAAAAUCGGAAUUCGUUAAAAUUGGUUGUUAUACUGAGAGUCACUGUAUGGUUGAGUCAUAAAAUUGUCUCCUCUCAAAGAAUGCCUGUCUUCGAGUAUGCUUUGCGAUCGUGGUUUGGAAUGUUGCUCACUCUUAUUUAUCGAACUUCAUUUGAAGCAUAUAGCGCGAAAUUUAACAAAAUAUAAUCAUCAAUAACUCGUAACAAUUACUAUUCAAAGCUCAUUCUACUCCUGUUAUUAAUCUUAGAGAAGUUUGAGCAAAUUCAUAUAGGGUUCAUAAACAAAGCCAACGGGCGCAAAGCAUACCGGCCAACAGGAAUUCUUUAAUGUAAAACUUGUGCACCCUGACUAUACGGUAAUAAUGCCAAACUGAUGGAAUAAUUAGAUAUUUCCUAGAUACAGCUUUUUUCUUUUCCAGCAUAGCGAUCGCGACUCAGACCCCAGCGACCGCCAUUCAGAGGCUUUGUCGCGGACGUCGUCUGGAUCCCAGGAGUCUCUUGGCGCAGCAGAAACGUUGGCAGAAUGGCAGCCCACCCCUCAAAUACAGCACCGCCUUUACUACCUUAAUAAUUUCCUCAGAAUGGCUACUGAAGGCAGGGUCAGCCCGGUGAGGUCACAGUGCCAAUGUGACGUUCUUACUAUGACAUCCAGAACCCAGCGCUACUACCGGAAAAAAGCGGAGCAGGCUAUCGAAGGCGUGCUUGAAUCCAUUGCCCCUGGCAACGCCUCCUGGCUCUACCACCAAGUCAUGCAACGGCGGAUUCGUUUACAAGCGGCCGAGGGUACAGUCGAAUACACGAUGGUUGCCAGACUGGUGAUUCUGUAUGAGGAAGCCGCCUAUUGGUACACGAGACAGCAGAUCCUGUCGCUUUUCGUGAACGACUACUGGAAGAGCGAGCUAUUGGCUUUGAUUCCGGGUCUCUCAAAAUGGAGAAUCGACAAGGCAAGGAAGCACGCUUUCCAGACUAAGCCCGGGCAACCCAUUGACCCACCAAGGAUCAUCAGAUGCCGUUUGGAUGCUGUGAAAGUUGACCACUUUCUUGACUUCUUGUCCAGUCCAUCAGUUCUUCAAGAUGUGGCAUAUGGCACCUGAACUCUUAAACUGGAGAGCGGAGAGAGCUUAGAAAUCCCGAACAUGGUGCGCACAGUUAUAUCCUCCCACCUAGUGCGCAUGUACCUGAACUUUUGUGUAGAGUCCAAUUUUGAGCCUCUCGGACGCUCCACGCUCUUCAAUAUAAUCAAGGUACGGAUUAUAAAACGUUCGUAAAGGACGAAUUUUGAUCAGGGUUAAUUGUAGUUGUAGUAGUGGUGUAGUAGUAGUAAUGGUUUGCAUUUAGAAAUUAGUUUGAAACCAAAGCAUUUUUGUUUCUCUUCAGGUUUGUGGGGCUUCACUAAAGAAAUCGUUAGCCAGUCUUGAUAGCCCUCAGACAGAUGGGGUACAGGCUAUCGCCACUCUUGAAGACAUCACUCAUCAACUCAAACAAGCCGGUGAGAUACAAACACCUUCCAUUAUUACUGUAGGUGCACGAGUUGUCACAACUUUUAAUAAGCUGACGGAGUAUCAAUAUUUAUUAUUGUGUGUAUUUUUUCUAUCACAGGACUGGAUAGAACAAUGGCCGAUAACAUUCUAAUGCGACUCAAAGCAGGUCGGCAGUAUCUGAAGACGGAUUUCAAGAUCCACACAGCCAGCGAAUCCCCGUGCGCAGAUCACUGCAGAGUGUUCGCCCUCAGUAGGACAGAGAAAGAGUACAACGGUCAGUGCCAACAUCAGCAUACCAUCACCUGUGACCGGUGCGAAGACCUAAAGAAUGCUGUCUCAGAUCUGCAACUAGCGUUGGAUUCAGGUGAAGUACAUCUAAGGUAAGAACAUCUUUGUGACAGAAAAGCAGAGUUUAGCAUUUAUUGUCAACUAACAACCUAAUCCCCAGGGCGCUUUAUAUGAGUUUAGAAAUUUUAUAUUGCUUUGGGUGGUUCUAAACCUAAUGAACAUAUGUUUUAAAUGAAACGCAAUUUACGAAAAAAGUGAGAGAGGCAUUAUUACUUUUUUAUAAAACGGCUCCAAAGAAAAAUUUCUGACGCUAUCGCGCCGUGAUGUUGACAAGCUCUACUCUUUCCCUUUUUAGUCCUGAUAAACGAGAGGAGUUAAAGCAUGAUUUGAGCUGCGCUGCGCCGAGCAUAGAAGAUUGGAAGUCGCACGUUCUCCGUUCAGUUCACCAGGAUGCGGCCAAGAGCCUGAAACCAUCACAGUUGCUGCUAAUAAUGGACUGGGCGAUGAAGUUUAUUCCCACCAGCUUUCGUGAAAAGCAGCGCGACUCGUUUGGAAAGAAGGGGAAGUCCUGGCAUCUCUCGGUGGCCAUCACUAAAGCAGAAGAUGGAACAAUUGAGGUAGAAAUCAUGUUCCUUCUCUUCUGUCUUUAUCGCUCACUGACCACUAUAAACUAGUUUCUCGUGAGCGCGGUCUUUGUUGCGCUACCCGAUUGCAAAAUUGGAUAACUGAUAAGAAUUCCAGGCCGAGAAAAGACGCGAAAGCUUAAAUUCCUAAUAGUGAAUUUCAACAUUUCAUUGCUUUCGGCUCUUAUAUAAAGAUAAAACGUUGGCGACGCACGUAAGCGCGCGCAAAAGCUCAUGGGACGGAAUACAUUUUUAAUCCAAAUAAAAGUCCAUAAACAUUCUCGAAAAAAGCAGACCUUCCGGGGUGUUAUCUCUGUUUCAAGUCAAAAUGCGCAGGUUAAUACUCCAUUAGCCCUUGACUGUGACCAAGUCCCUUGGCGCACUAUUCAUGGUAAAAAAUGCUUUACUAUUAUGAUUUUCAGACACUUACAUAUAUCCACUUAUUUGAUGAAUGCAAUCAAAACUGGUUCAGCGUUGCCUCCAUCAUCGAAGAUUCACUAACCACCAUGAAGCGACAGAAAUCUAGACUGAAUGAAGCUUUCCUGAGAUCUUGCAACGCAGGCUGUCAUCACUGCGCAUUUCUUCUUCUCAGUCUUCCAAGCCUUGGGCAGCGAGUUGGUGUCCGCAUUGCUCGUUAUGACUUCAGUGAGGCCCAAGCUGGGAAAGACGUAUGUGACCGCCGAGCCGCCGCCUUGAAGAGCCACAUUAGGCGCUACAUUAAUGAAGGCAAUGACGUCAAGACAGCAAGUGACAUGAAAGCUGCUAUUGACUCGCAUGGGGGCGUCAAAGGCCGCUACUCAGUGGUGUGCAAGGUUGACGAAAGGUCCCAAAACAAUGUCGGACCCGGAAAGGUCUUUUCCGCGUCGUCGCUAGCGCGUCUCGGUAACCCUCAAGGCCCGACAAACUUACAAGUUCUCCAGGCAUUCAAUAGUCCUGACAUACUGACUGGUGUCUUCCGUGCAUCUUCCAGCACGCAAGAACAGCAGCCCGCAGCACCUCCAACGGACCCUAUAGCCGUAGAACGGAUUCAGCUUGAAGAAGAAGAGCGUGUGGCCUUUGGCUGCCCAGAGGAGGGUUGCAUACAAGUUUACCAAAGUCACAGCAGCCUUCAGCGUCACGUUGAUGCCCGGAAACACCUUCUCGCGUUAGAGAGAGAGUCCACGUACGACGUGAUAAAGAAAAAGUGGGCAGAGACCUGCAAGUCAAUUUCUGGUGGCUACGUGGGAACAGCUCAGCCGCCCACAUCUGCAUCCGCCUCAGUUUCCCAUAGCCAGUAG